GACCACGAUCAUUGUAUCAAAGUCAUCUUUGACCAGCCGUUUGAAGCUAAAGGGAGUCCCGGCUGUAGAUGAUCGAUAAUGAAACGAUUCUACGUGCUCGUUGGUUGUCUCAUUCUCAGUGUUGCAAUCGAAUGUGUACUUACUGAAAAAUCAUACAAAUGUGGACAAGGACCCCAUUUCUACAAUCCUCUCUCUUCAGAAUAUAAUAUUUAUCAGCUAGUAGGACAGCCUGUAAUUGUGCAUAUAGAUCCAUUGAUCUUUGAAAACACAUCGUUCAAUUACGAAUGGGGCGCUUAUCCAGGAUCUUCGACUUUAAAUAAUACAAUUAUUAGACAGUUGCGCAGUAAUCGUACACUUGAAAUAACAAACUCAACGUUGUAUUUACUUCUUAACAACUCGCGAUACGACGGAAUUGAGAUUUCUGCUUCUUCUGUAAAUAUAAACAGAACUGCUAUAGUGGGACAUGGAAAAGAUCUACCCAUCAACAUUGGCAGUAAGAAUUACCGUUACCUUUCAGACAUCUAUUAACUGCAACUAUAUCAAUUUAGAUCACCCUGUUAUUAAUUUUACAAACGUAACCGUUUGUAAAACACAAAUUUCUGUCUGUGUUGAUGCCAUUGGUACUCCACAACCUUCUACUACAAUAGAAAUGAUGAUAAGCAACAAUGAAGUGGUGACACUGGAUAAACCUUGUGCUUCAUUUAACACGUCUGACAGUGCAACAAACGUUACAUUUUUGAUAACUAUAUCUAAUUGUUUUAAAAAUUCUACUGCUUCAAUCCAUCUUAUAACAAAUGCUUCAACUGCUGUGUCUUCUUGCACGAACAAAAUUUGUUCACCAACUGACUUUGAAGAUUCUGAAAUGAAAUGCAUUUUAUAUUUAACAAGUACCACUCAGUCAGUUAACUCUACAAGUGCCAGUGUGUACAGCUCUGAUUUGGUCACUCGAGAUCUAUCUGCUACGACUUCGUCUACCGAUGCUGCGGAUUACAUACAAACAACAGAUCCAAGAAUAACCGAUCGACUAAAAGCAACUUUAACUACAACAAAUCUACAAGCUACAACUCGAAUAAUGAAAGAUUAUCAGACCAAACGCAUAACUAUACAAGAUAAUCAAUUAACAACUUUAGCUACAACAGAUCAACCAAUAACAAGCGCAACUACAACAGAUCAACAAACGGAGAGUCCGCCUGCUGCGGGUCGGCGAGCAACAAGAUCAACUACAACAAUUCAACAGACAUUAAGCAUAAGUACAUCAGAUCAGAAAACAGCAAGUCCAACUGUAGAUGAAACUCAAACAAGUUUGACAAAAAUAGAUCAACAAACAGUAAGUCCAAAUGCAACGCCUCAACAAAAGACAAUCUCAGCUACAACCUAUCAACAGCCAACAAGUACAAUUGCAACAACAACAAAUCAACAAACAUCAAGGUCAACUACAGAUAAGAAGCAAACUGGUUGGACAAAAAUAAACCAACAAACAGUAAAUUUAACAGCAACAACCGCAACAACAACAACAACAGAUCAACAAGGAACAAUCUUAACUACAACCUAUCAACAGCCAACAAGUCCCAUUACAGCAGAUCAACAAACAAAAAUUUUAAGUACAGCCAAUCAGCAAAUAACAAGUAGAAUAGUAGCCAACCUACAUAUAACAAUUUCAACAACAACAUCUCAUCAUACAACAAUUGCAAGUACAGGAAGCACACAAAUGGCAAUUUUAAAUACAGCGAAUCAACAUAUAUCUACAACUGAUCAACAAAUCAGCAUAGAAGGUCGACAAACAACAAAUCCAACUACAACUAAACAUCCCACUCCAAAACAAGAAGAUUCUACCUCUCAAGGAUUUCCUGCAUUCGUCGUUGCAAUUGUAGUGAUUAUUGUACUAUUAGUGGUUGCUACAAUUUUCAUUGGAAUCAUUUUUUACAAACGUCGGAAAGCUAAAAAAGCAAGGGCACUGCUUCAAGAGCUAUACCUAAGAAGUACCAAUGCCAUGGAGUUAACCUAUGAACCACCCCAUGACAAAGACGACAUCUCAAUCGGCUCAUUGGAAACUUUGCCAUCGAAGGCAGACCCCACCGACAACAACUCCCUAUGGAACUCUUCACUGGACAUCCCAGCUAAACAACUCAAAACGUUUCCUGUUAUCUACUCAAUUCCUAACAAAAGAGCAAAGUCAAAGAUGAAUUCCCUAGACUCGGACAGCCCGAAUAUUACGAUACCUCUUGCCUAUCUAGACAACAAUUCAGCACUAAAGGUUACACAUUUAGACGAAGUUCUGCAACUAGACGCAGAGAUGUCAAGAAAUGCAACAAAUCAUAAUCCUGGACCAAAUUAUGCCAAUACGUCUGAUCUUGUCAACGCUGCGAAACGACUAUCACAGUCCUCACUAUCACAGUCAUCGCUAUCUCAGUCUUCACUGUCACAAUCUGACGCGACACCGUGGAAGAAGACGGAAGUGAGUGAUAUUAACAGUACGACUUUCAUUGAAUGA